GUGUGUUUUAUUUGGCUGGUGUGUCAUGAUUUGUUAGUUGGAACAAGAUGCCGAUAUUUUGGAAACUUUCUACUCCACAGAGCCAUGAUAGUAGAGCUAGAUGUCAAUAGUUUUGGUGCUCAUGUAGUGUUAUAGUGUCAGCAGGUAGGGCAAGAAAUCUGUGUUUAUUGCACAUUUUGUAAUAAUGUGCAAAACUUGCAUUUAAUGUACAAUUAAUAUUACUAUUCCUGCAGUUGCUCUGGCCUUUUUAGUGUUUUCAGAUGCACAGAUAGACGGAUACCGCUCUCUUUCUGUCUUUAAGUGACAAAAAAGUAGGGAGAGUAUCUUGUGUCACGCUGAUCGUUCAGCAUCAGUUCAGAGAGACAGAGAGAGAGAGAGAGAGAGAGAGAGUACAUAAAGAAGCAUUUAUGACCUGUGCUUUAUAUUCUUGGCGUUGAUGCAGUCUUUCCUCGUCCUGGACCAACAGCCAGACAGGCUGAUGAGUGCUGGUAUUUAAAGAGCUGCUGGGGCCAGAUAGCUUCACUACUAAGAGGACAGCACAAUAGAUACCGCGUUUACAGAUAAAGCUUCUGAUGCUUGAGCUCCUCUCUUGAGUUUUCUGUAUCACGAAACUGGCCAACAAACUAAACAGUUCCAUGAAACACAGAGGUCAGACUGCCAACUCGCUGGGAUUUAUCUCCAACCACACGGUCCGUAGACCGACCUAAUGGCUCGUGCAUGGAUAAUGCUACCAAUAUGAAACGUCCAAAGAGCCCCGACUGGCUGAGCGGCAGCCCCCCUCCUAAGAGUCAGGAGGGACAGGAGGAGGAAGAAGAAGAGGAGGAAGAUGAAGAGGAGAGGAGGGUGGCGACGGGGCACAGGGCCAAACGAGAGCGCCGUCAGAGCAGUGGCAGUCCCACUAUGUGCCAGGUGUGCAACAUACAGCUGAACUCCAACGCCCAGGCCCAGAUCCACUACAGAGGGAAGACGCACCAGAGGAGGCUGCGCCGACUGGCAAAGGCUGUUAGCACAGGUGCCCUCUCCCAGAGCCAGGUCCACCCACUCCUGGGCUCCCUGCCUCUGCCAGGUCGACCCCUCCAGCGGCAGACUCACGCCCAGCUGGAGCGCUUCCUGCCGCUCAGGGUCAACAGCUCAUCGCCACUCAGCCUCUUCCCCAAUUUCAACGCGAUGGAUCCAGUGCAGAAGGCAGUGAUCAACCACACUUUUGGCGUCGCUCCGCCCAAGAAGAAACCCAUCAUCUCUUGUAACAUCUGUCACCUGCGCUUCAACUCCACUACCCAGGCAGAAGCUCACUACAAAGGUCACAAACAUGCUCGCAAGCUAAAGGCCUUAGAGACCCAGAGGAGCCGGCAGAAGAACGGACACAGUCCGUCCACGGCAGGAAAAGACAGAGACCGAGAGAGGGCGAUGGUGGGAGGAGGAGCGGUGCGCACAGACUCACAUUUGGAAGACAUACCAGGCCCAAGCACUUCUUCCCAACCUCCACUGCAGCAGCCAGAAAACGGCCAGGGAAGCUCGCUGGCACCCACUCUUUCCUCGCAGCCUUCGUCCACAGACUCCUCCUCACUCCGCUCUCCUCAGCUGUCCCCACAAAUCUCCGCUGGUCCUCAGCUUUCUGAGCUAUCUUCAGACACUCCACCCAUGGAAGAGUGCUGCCCAGCCACCAGUUCAGCCCCAGAGUCUGAACCUCAGGGGAGCUCCACAGGAGCUGAGGAGGAGGUGGUGAAUAUGGAGGAGGCAAAGGAGGCCAAGAGCAUCAAAAAACUACUUCUCCACUGUCCUACGUGCAAAGUCACAGUCAAUUCCAGCUCCCAGCUGGAGGCUCACUGUAGUGGCUCUAGGCACAAACAAAUGCUCGAUGGUCAGAACAGCAGCCAAUCGCAACGCAGGGUCAAGAUAGUGUCAUCGCCCAGGCCUACCUGCCGAAUCAAGCAGCGAAUGGGCAACAAGACCAGAGCGGUUGUGGGUGUAUCCAGCCAGCCCUUUCACUGUGAAAUGUGCCAAGUGUCCGUCAACUCAGAGACACAGCUGAAGCAGCACAUGAACAGCAGGAGACACAAAGAGCGUUUGGCUGGGAAGCCUGUCAAGGUGAAGUUCACCCCCUAUAAUAAACUACAGCCCAGCGCUGUCUUGGCGACUAAACUGGCCCUGCAGAAGCAGCUAUCCAAGGCCCUGCCGGCAGGGUUCCUGACCAGCCCUCUUAAUCCAGCUGCCUUGUGCACCAUGGCAUCUGGACCCAUGGCACUACGACUGCCGCCAGGUCCCACAGCUUUCAUCCAUAGUCCCCUGAUCAGCCCCACACUCUUUAGGCCUGCCCCAGGACCUCUGAGGGCCACACAUGCACCUAUUAUCUUCUCUCCGUACUAGCAAUGAGCCAAGCUAGUCUGGAGGAUCUACAGUAGAGCGGACCUAACCUAGUUUAUCUUGGCUCAGUGAGGACAAAGCACGGGGGACAUCAGGACACAUGCAGCGACUGAGAGGGGAGAAUAUUAGCAUGUCAAGUUUGGCAGGUUCAAGUCAUAAGAACAGUAAUGCAUAGUCCCCUGGUGUGAAUUGAGAUUUCAGCGCUGAUUGACCAGUGUCAGCCCCUCUUAAAAAUGGAAGGACCAUCGCUCAGCUGUUUCCCCUCAACAAACUGUUGAGUGCAUGUUCCCCGGGGUCUGGACCCCUCUGGAAGCCAUAAUGACAAGCAUCUUUUAGUUUUAUUUAUAUAAGACAAUGAUAGAUUAAUACACUAGAGUGUGCAAAUGUUACUAUGUGUUUGUUGCCAAAAUUCUUUCAGUUUGAGAGCUUUCUAGCUGUACUCUGAGAGAACAAGUACAACACUUAAUUUCUGCUUUAUUUUUUUUAUAACAAAAUCUAAAUAGAGAAAAUCUAGAUUGUGUUAAACUCCCAUGAAACUCCAUACAGCCAACCUUCACCUAUGAGACAGAAGUUCCAUAACAAUGGAUUUCUGAAGAUAUUGCACCUCAUCAAAUAUAUGUCUUUACAGCUGUUGUCUGAUAUGGAUGCUUUUUUCUUUGUCGUUUAUUUUAAAAUAAAUAUAUAGACACAUUUUGUCCGUCUAUGUCUUGAGGUGACAAUCAACCACCACCCUGACAUGAUGCCAAGAAUACUCGCUAUAUAAAGACAGACUACACUGAAUCCAUACAAUGAGAUGGAAUAAAUACGUUUUUGACCCUUGUAUUUCUUUGACUUUGAGCCAUUCUAACAAUCUUUUCAGGUGAUGGUUAGAUAAGUUUUUUGCUGGUUUGUGCAAUAUGAAGAUACAGGCUGAUGUGUGCUGUUCCCCAAAAAAAAUUUAAAAGAUUUAUCCACAAGUUUUUAAAUAUGUCUUUGAUGUCUUUAUUAAACCUGUUAUUUUCUAGAGCUGUAUUAAAAAAACAAAAACAAAGUUCUUUCACUUUAGAAAUCUGCUCCCACCUGAUUGUGCUGAAUCAUCCUAAGCAAUAUGUAUUUUUGAAGUGUCACCCAGUGAAAUAAUGACUAUUGUAACUGUGCAUCAAUUGCAAUAAUGUAAAUUAUUAUGUGCUAAAAAUGUCGAUACUGUA